GAAUUGUUUGUACUUUGAAUGAUUUGUUCCUCCUCACAAGUUGAACGAGAUUUGCAAUCAAACAAACCAAGAUUCUGUAUGAGUGUGAAGCUCUCGAACGUAACGCAUUUGAAUUCGGGGAUGGGAGAACAAAUGGCAGCCACAAAGCCGUGGCCUUCUUUGAAUAAAACCCAUUUGAAUUCAUCUUUGACAAGCAAAGGGACUCGGAACUUCUGACGUGGGCCAUGACCCUUUGAAAAGCGUGCCUCUUGGUGAAAACAGAGCACCACCAAACUCUCUGUAAGAAUCAUCUCUAACUCUAAUCCCAAACGAUCCUAUGUCUACUGUGUAACACGUGCCUCCCCCUCUUUGUCACGUGUCCACUACGGACACGUGGAGCAACAGAAACUACUUCAACCUCUCACCCUCUGACCUCUAUAUAUCCAAGUCCAAGCACCCCAAUCUCAUAAACCAAAUAUCCAAACUAGACUAGGGUAACAAUGGAGGUCUCUCUGUGUCACACAAAAACACACGACUUUUGCUCUUGUUCUAUCCCCACACGCAAAACCAGAGACCCUUCAACUCUCAACCCUUCUUGGGGAUUGAGACUUAGGCCAUGGCAGAAUCAUGGGUUAAGCUUAAUGCAGCAAAGAGUGGAUCACAAGAAAUCAUCAUCAGCAGUGGUGGUUCGAUGUGCAGACACCGGUUGUUCGUCGGGGCCGGUGAGCGAGAUAGAAGGAGAGCUGGAGGCCGAGAUUCGACCAGAAGACGAAGUAGAGGAGUGGCUGAGAGUAGGGAGGCUGAGAGAGAAGUGUGGAGACAGAGGAAUGGUGGAGCUGUUGGAAUGUUUGGAACGUGAAGCCAUCAUGGGAGAAGAUGAAGGCAAGGAACCCAAUGACUACAACAGAAGGGCUCAGAUCUUUUAUAAGAGUUCCAGAGUUUUCCAGGCUCUCAAGGAACGUAACCAGUCUUGAUAUUCAUGUCCAAUCUUCAUUACAAUGCAACGAUUGUAUUCAUAAAUUGUUGUUUAAGGAAUCAAAAACGUUGUCUCUUCUUGC